CUCCAUCCUUGUCAUCUUAGUUCAUGGUAUAUCUCACCACCACUUUCAAGGGUUUCUAUACCUUUUGAUUCAGUAUCCUUUUUUCACAGCAAUCAUGGGAUUCAGAAUUGCAGCAAUCCUUGUUGUGCUUUUACUUGGAUGGAUUUACAAAUCCUUCAUCCAACCCCCAAAACCAAAGCUGUGUGGCACUCCCAAUGGCCCUCCCAUCACUUCUCCACGAAUUCAACUCAGAGAUGGAAGACACUUAUCUUACAAAGAAUCAGGUGUCCCCAAAGAGAAAGCCAAGUACAAGAUCAUCCUCAUCCAUGGCUUUUUUAGCACCAAGGAGACCACAAUAGAUGCAUCUCAAGAAUUGGUUGAAGAACUUGGUAUAUAUUUCUUAUCAUUUGACAGAGCUGGAUAUGGAGAGAGUGAUCCAAAUCCAAUGCGAAAUGUGAAGAGUGAAGCUAUGGACGUUCAAGAACUUGCUGAUCAGUUGCAUAUUGGAUCCAAGUUUUAUGUUAUCGGAUCUUCCAUGGGAGGAUAUGCUGCUUGGAGUUGCUUGAAUUACAUACCGCACAGAUUGGCAGGAGUUGCGCUUGUUGUGCCGGCAGUGAAUUACUGGUGGCCAUCAUUACCUCAAUAUGUGACAAAGGAAGUUUAUAGUAAAUUGCUUGUGCAAGAUCAAAGAACAUUGUGGAUAGCUCAUCAUGUUCCAUCUCUGUUAUAUGCUUGGAUGAACCAAAAGUUGUUCCCUUCAUUAGCUUGUCUUGAGGGGAAUUCCACAAUAUUUUCGCAACAAGAUAAAGAGAUUUUGAAGAUGAUGGAUUUCAAAAAGUCAAUUGAGAUUCAGAGGAAGGCAAGGCAACAAGGGGUUUAUGAAUCACUCCACAGGGAUUUGAUAGCAUUGGUUAGUAAUUGGGAAUUUGAUCCUAUGAAAAUAAGCAAUCCAUUCUCAAACAAUGAAGGUUCAGUGCACUUGUGGCAAGGUUAUGAAGAUCGGCUUGUUCCGGUGGAGAUACAACGGUGUGUUGUCGAUAAAUUAUCUUGGAUUCAUUACCAUGAGAACCCGGAAGGCGGGCAUUUGUUCGUAGGAACCAAUGGCUGGCCUGAUAGGAUACUGAAAGCUCUUCUUCUCGGAGAAGAGCCAGCUUUGGAUCAGUGAAACUUACUCGUCUAUUAACUGUAUCACAAGUUAUAGAACUCAUCGGUAAAUUGUUAGAUUGUAUAAAAAACACAAGCUAUGUAAACUUAGGAUUUUUUACUGAGUUUGAAUAAUUUCAGGUGUGCCAUCCUUA